UAUCAAGUGAAGUUCCACUUGAGUAGCUCACUCCCCAUUGUGUUGUGUCCAUAUUGUAAGAGGAUGAGAUGAGGAGUGAGAUAGCCUCAGAAACUGAAACAGAGAACUGAGAACUGAAAACCCACCCACUCACACUGUCAUCAUCAAUGCAACUUUAAAAGCAUCGUCAACCAUGUCAAACACCAUUUUCAUGGCUUCUUUUUCUCCUCUAACUUCAAUCUCAACCACUCAUUCUUCACACUCCAAACCCCACAACCUAAUCCACAACAACAAUCUCCUUACUCUCAGACCCAAAAACUUUCCUUUAUUUUCUCUCUCUCCCUUGAGAGUUUCCGCUGGAACUUCUGAUUCACCUGAAACUGCACUCAAACCACCACCGGAGAACAUCUCUGUUGGGACAAAUGGGUCUGCUUCUGCUGCUACUGCUCCUGAGGAAGUUAAGGUUUCCAGUGGUUUUGUUGACCCUAGAUGGGUUGCUGGUACAUGGGACUUGAUGCAGUUUAGGAAAAAUGGUAGCACUGAUUGGGAUGCUGUUAUUGACGCUGAGGCGCGGAGGAGAAAAUGGCUCGAGUCUAACCCGGAAUCAUCCAACAACAACAGUCCUGUAGUGUUUGACACCUCCAUUGUACCUUGGUGGGCAUGGAUAAAAAGAUUCCAUCUCCCUGAAGCUGAACUACUUAAUGGUCGAGCCGCAAUGAUAGGAUUCUUUAUGACAUAUGUGGUCGAUAGCUUGACUGGAGUAGGUCUAGUUGAUCAAAUGAACAACUUUUUUUGCAAAACUCUUCUGUUUGUAGCAGUGGGCGGAGUACUUUUGAUCCGGAAGAAUGAGGACUUUGAUAAUUUAAAGAAGCUGUUGGAGGAGACUACAUUUUAUGACAAGCAAUGGCAAGCAACUUGGCAGAUGAGAAUUCAAGCACUUCCAAAAAGGAUUAGUGGGAUUGUUGUUCUGUAGUUCUGUCUCCCUCCACCUUCUGUAACUUAAUAUAUUUAGUGCGCUCUAUUAUUUAUUAAUCUUGUAGUGCAGACGAAGACAUGGAUACGGUUUUAGUUGUAUUUCAAUUCCUUCUAUGAUGCUAAUGCAGACUGAUAGAGUUUUUGUGUGGUCGAAAUGCAGGAUUUUUCUUGAGUGUAUGUGAAAUUUGGCUGUUAGUUUGAA